AUGACGAGAAGUGUUUGGUACCGAUAUGAUCAGUUAUUGCCUCAGAUACUCGAUCCUCCAGAGAUAUUGGAUGGGAAAUGCUUUGAACUGGCUCAACUACUUCUUCGCAGCAAAUGUGUGUUUGUAGUCACGGGAGCAGGUAAUCGUUCACCUGCAGGGAUCUCCACUUCCGCAGGUAUCGCUGACUUUCGCGGGCCUAAAGGCGUGUGGACUGUUGAGAAGGAGGGUCGUGUCGCAGACAGUGUGGAUUUCACGCGGGCUAGACCAACGCUAACUCACCGAGCCCUAAAAUUGCUUGAAGAGCGAGGGCUUAUAAAGUUCUUAGUCUCGCAAAAUGUCGAUGGACUACAUCCAAAAUCAUCAUUUCCCUUGAAUCGACUUGCUGAACUUCAUGGUAACGUAUUUUGUGAACAGUGUGAGAGAUGUUCGAGGCGAUACUACCGUGAUUUUGCGACAGGCACUGUGGGACUGAAGCUCACAGGUCGGUCUUGCGAAGGUACUCCCGCUGGCCGAGCUUGUCGCGGUCGACUUCGUGACACGACAUUAGAUUGGGAAGAUUCAUUACCAGAACCAGAUCUGACCAUAGCAUACAGUUUCGCUAAGAACGCUGACUUAUCGUUGUGCUUAGGAACGUCGCUACAAAUAGUGCCGGUUGGAAAUAUGCCGUUACUAGCCCAGAAGAAUGGCGGGAAAAUGGUGACAGUGAAUUUGCAAGCGACAAAGCAUGAAAAGAAAGCAGACUUGGCUAUUCACGGAAUGGUUGAUGAUGUUAUGGCUCGGGUGUUGAAACAUCUUGAUAUACCAAUGGAAGGUGCUGAAGAGAAAACCGAAGGUAUGCGUUUGGAAAUUCUAUUCCUGCACAAGUACUAUAUAAAGAAAGAAUUUGGAGUAUUGUAA